GUAGGUACGUAGGUAGGUUAGAUGGAUGAUAGGUAGGUAGGUAGGUAGGUAGGUAGGUAGGUACUUUGGAUGGAUGAUGGAUGGAUAGGCAGGUAGGUAGGUAGGUUAGAUGGAUGAUGGAUGAUAGGUAGGUAGGUAGGUUAGAUGGAAAGAUAGAUUAGGUUGUUUUUUCUAAGAAUGAAUUGAGUCACAGAAGGCACCAAGUCACACCUUUUUCAUCUCUGUGCUGUGCUGCUGAUCCUGCGUGCCCAAGUUCUGACACAGGGAGCAUUCACACGUUAUGACUCCUUGUUCCUCUGAUGGAGCCGUUACAUCGUUGGAAAGCAGACCAGCAGACACCUUUAAUUUGUUGAAUGAAGCCAUGGUGGAGCUCUGAUGAAGUGAUGACGAGGACACAGAUGGCUGAUGAUAGAUGUCCUUCUUCGUGGCCCACACACCUCUCCUCCUCUGAGCCGAGCGUCUCCUCAUCUCCUCAUCAACACCAGCUAUGAAGUUGGCGCUGCGCAGGAUAGCCGGCACCACCAUGAGCACGCUGACAACAGGUGUCCAGUAUCUCGGCUCCAACGACGCCGGCUACGACGACGCCUCCGUGGACUCCAGCCUGAUCAAGGGCAAACUCCAGUUUGAGAAACCUCGCCUGUCCUCGGUCGGUUACCCCCUCCCGGCACUUGUCCCUGGAAAUAAGGAGGUCAUUUACCGGGGCCUCUCUAUCUUCCCCACCAACAUAUCAGACGUUCUGCUGGGUAAUGGCACGUCUGUGGAGAGCGGAGGAGGAGCGGCACAGUGCGGGGAGAACCUUGGAGAUAACAUGGAGUGCUUUAUGAUUCUGACUCCUGGUCAGCAGCUCGCGGUGGCCAUCUUAGCCCUCACCCUGGGCACGUUUACAGUGCUGGAGAACCUCAUGGUGCUGUGCGUGAUCCUGCACUCUCAUACGCUUCGGUCCCGGCCCUCCUACCACUUCAUAGCCAGCCUGGCUGUCGCCGAUCUCAUAGGGAGCAUCAUUUUUGUCUACAGCUUCCUGGACUUCCACGUCCUCCACCGGAAGGACAGUCAAAAUGUUUUCCUCUUCAAGUUGGCCGGCGUCAUCGCCUCCUUCACCGCGUCCGUGGGGAGUCUGUUCCUCACGGCGAUCGACCGGUACAUCUCCAUCCACAGGCCCAUGGCGUACAAGCGCAUCGUGACGAAGACUAAGGCCAUCAUAGCCUUCACCGUGAUGUGGACGAUCUCCAUCGUGAUUUCCCUGCUGCCGCUGCUCGGCUGGAACUGCAAGCGCCUCAACUCCAUCUGCUCAGACAUCUUCCCCCUGAUUGACGAGAAUUAUCUGAUGUUCUGGAUUGGAAUGACGACCAUCUUGGUCCUGUUCAUCAUCUACGCGUACAUGUUCAUCCUCUGGAAGUCCCACCACCACGCUGUCCGCAUGAUGAGCCGCAGCUCCCAGAGAAGCGUGAUUGUCUACACCGCAGAGGGGACCAGGGUUCAGACGAUAAGGGGCGAGCAGGCGCGGAUGGACCUCCGCCUGGCCAAAACCCUAGUUCUGAUCCUGGUGGCCCUCAUCAUCUGCUGGGGCCCACUCUUGGCCAUCAUGGUCUACGACCUUUUCGGGAAGGUGAACAACAUCAUCAAGACCGUGUUUGCCUUCUGCAGCAUGCUGUGUCUGCUCAACUCCACUGUGAACCCCGUGAUCUACGCCAUGAGGAGCAAGGACCUGCGCAGGGCCUUCCUCAACAUCUGCCACGUGUGCCGGGGAGUGACGCAGCCUCUGGACAACAGCGCCGAGAGCGACUGGAACAGCAGGAGUGCCAGAGGCACGGUGGGCGGGGCGGGGAAAGACGGAGCCGGCUGCGUUAACACCCAAGUCAAAGUAGCCCAGGUUACUGUCUCUGGAGUAACCGUGACUAAUAACGCAGAGGCAGUUUGAAGAGAUGCAGCUGCUCUGCUCUGGUUAACUGUGAAGUAAACGUAGUGUAGAAAAAGCCCCAACUCCAAGUGCAUUGUUCUGUGACUGUGAAACGUGCCAAAAACAUGAGAAACUAAUCCUAAUGGCAAGGUUUUUACUGCUUUAAAUCUUAAAUCUGUGUUAUUAAUGUCACGUUGUGCUAUUGCUGUUGUAAAAAAAACAAAACAGUUUUAGGUGGAUUUGAUAGCAUUUCGUUCAGGAAAUAACAGUUUAAUUUGCUCCCAUUCUUUUCAACCACUGAAAACAGAUGUGCUGUACUUUUGAACAGUACUUUUGUUUUUAUUGUGGCAGUAAGGUGAGGUAGCUGUCUGUAUUCAUGCGUUACGUAAGUAAACAUUUAAUUAGUGAUAUGAAAUCUGCUACUGGUGGUUUUGUAAGACCAUGAUAUUGUGAAGUUUGAUAGUUCUUCAGUGUUAUUUAUUUAAUUAUUUAUUUAUUUCAUUAUUGACUACUUUUUCUGUACAAAAACGCUGACAUAUAAAUAGCUUUUUCGGAACUUCAGCCAGCCGGCAUAUUUUGACUGUAACAAAGCUGCUUAUGACAUGUGCUUACAAAGCUUUCUGUGUGUGUGUGUGUGUGUGAAUUGACACUGCCAUGUUUUUGUACGGCAUCUCUUGUGCCAUUGUGACCCAUAAAAGUGUGUACAACCGAGGUUGUAUUGUUUUGUUGUUGUUGUUUUUUAUAAUUGUAAGCAUACUUGUUUUUCGAAUAAAAACAUGAAACCAC